GUCAGACAAGAGACUUGAGUCACGUCCCAGCUUAACCGAUUUGCAAUCAGACCAGAUUCUCCUUCAAUCUUCAAGCCAUCCUCCAACAUGGCAAAUAUUGCUCUUAUCCGGGCCAGCACUCGAACCCCUGCUGUGGGCAAGGACGUCGCCAAAUGGGUCGGCGAGAUCCUCCAGACCCGACCGGCCGAUGACCUCGAGAUUGAGCCUAUUGCCAUUGCCGACUUCAAUCUCCCCAUCUACGACGAGCCCGUCAUGCCAGCCAUGGUGCCCGCCUUGAAGCAAUUUACCAAGGAACACUCAAUCAAGUGGAGCAACACUAUCGCCUCCUUUCAGGGAUACGUCUUCGUGAUUCCCGAGUACAACUACGGCCUGUCUGGGGCCACCAAGAACGCCAUUGACUACCUUUACAACGAGUGGCCCGGUAAGCCCGUUGCCAUCAUCAGUUAUGGUACCCAGGGCGGCAGUCGCGCCAAUGCGCAGCUCAGUGACAGUUUGGAACUGGUUAUGAAGCUCAAGGUUGCGCCAACCAAGGUUCUUCUGCCGUUCGCUCCGGGACCGGAUAUUAUGACGGCCGUGGACGAGGGUCGCCUAGGCGAGGACACCCUGAAGUCCUGGGAUGAGGCCGGAAAGAAGGUAGAGAUUCUCAAGGCAUUUGCGGAGGUUAAGGAGAUCCUU